UGACGUCAAACUCGGCUUCAAUGAGACGUCGUGCCGGAAGGAAAGAUGGCAGAUCAUGAGGAGCAGUUAUCUGAAGAGGAGAAGGUACGCAUAGCAGCUAACUUUGUCAUUCACGCACCCCCAGGAGAGUUUAAUGAAGUUUUCAAUGAUGUGCGAUUGCUGCUCAACGAUGACAAUCUUCUCAGGGAAGGUGCAGCUUAGUAAUGCAUUUUUGCACAGUACAAUGUGGACCAGUUUACACCAGUGAAAGUUGAUGGGUACGACGAACAGGUCUUAAUCACGGAACAUGGUGACCUUGGAACUGGAAGAUAUCUGGAUCCAAAGAACAAGAUUUCCUUCAAGUUUGACCACUUGCGGAAGGAAGCAAGCGACCCUCGCUCUCAGAAUGUGGAGAACACGCUUGAGUCUUGGAGGAGUGCUGUGGACAGUGUGGUCAGGGCUUAUGUCAAGGAGCAUUACCCAAAUGGUGUCUGCACUAUAUAUGGGAAGACUGUUGAUGGGCAUCAAACCAUCAUUGUAUGUAUUGAGUGCCAUCAGUUUCAACCAAAAAAUUUCUGGAAUGGACGCUGGAGGUCAGAAUGGAAAUUUACCAUCAAUCCUGCAACAACGCAAGUGAUGGGCAUCAUGAAAAUCCAGGUUCACUAUUAUGAAGAUGGAAAUGUUCAGCUUGUGAGUCACAAAGAUGUUCAGGAUUCUAUGUCUCUUUCUAGUGAAGCUCAAGCUGCAAAGGAAUUCAUCAAGAUCAUGGAGGCUGCAGAAAACGAAUACCAGACUGCCAUUAAUGAGAACUACCAGACCAUGUCGGACACUACUUUCAAAGCCUUACGUCGACAGCUACCAGUUACUCGCACCAAGAUUGACUGGAAUAAGAUCCUAAGCUACAAGAUCGGAAAAGAGAUGCAGAACGCUUAAAAAUGAACAUUGCAUGACUGGAUUGUUGUAUUGUUCUUGUGUAAAUUGAAAAAUACAUAAAAGGUUUGGUCUCACACUAUGUAAAACAUUUAUUACACUUAAGAUAUCUACUUUUAAUAAGCAAAUUUUAUACAGAGGAUUGCCAUUAAAACUUACUAUAACCACACCAUUGGGUUUUUGUUUUAAAUUAUUUGUUGUUUCUUAAACAACUGUAUUUAAUCUUAAAUAAAAAAAGAAACAUCAAUAUUGUCACACCAGUAGUUUUUAAUUAAGGUGAUGGGACCAUGCCUUUUAAAAUAUUAUGAUAUGGAGAGGCCAUUUAAAUAUUAAAAUAAAUUAUUUUAAAUUAAACCAAUAGCGUAGUUUUUGUUUUUAAAAAGCAAAACAUAUAGUAAUAUUCUGAAAUGUAUUCUUCAUUGAAUUUCAUUACUGUGAAAAAUAACUUUUCUGUGUCAUCGCUGCACAAACAGCCAUCCUAUUCAUCACAUAACGUCUUGUCAUCAGUGUUUGUAUUCUUCAUAGUAUGUAAGCUGAGCAAACUAUAACCUCUCUCUUGGUUACAAAGAUAUGCACAGGUUAUAAUUGUGUUUCAUGACAUGUAUCCUAGAAAAGAAAGGCAAGGUUUCAUAAACGGGGUUUUUUGAUCUGUAUCUUAAUACAACUUGAAAAAAAAACACACAAAGAACUGUACUGCGUAAUGUGUGCUUAUGUUAACUCCUUAAAAGAAAUUUGUAUUACAUUUGCUGUUUAAUUGUUUAUUUUUAUUAAACAGACAUGACUGUAUUAUAACAAGGCACAUUGUAAUAUAUAAUACCUGUAUUAAAUCUUGUCUGUCCGUUUGACUUUUCUUCGCUCUCUUGGAAUGAACUGUAGUACAAUAUCAUUUAUGUUACAUUAAUGAUGGAUUUUCUAUUUAAUUGAGUAGUAAACAACUGUGUUCACAAUGUAUAUAUUUUUUGCUGGAAUGUAACAUUUUCCACUUAACCCACCCUUCCACUGAUGUCUUAUUGGCUCUGCUAAUAAAUAUGACAGGAACUUGA